AUGAAUAGUCGCUGCCAAGUGGAUUUGAUUGACAUGCAAUCUCAGGCAGAUAAUGAAUUUAAGUUUAUUAUGGUUUACAAGGACCAUUUAACGAAAUUUGUGCUACUACGACCACUUCAGAGCAAAAGAGCGGAAGAGGUUGCGUUGCAUGUACUUGAUAUAUUUUUGAUAUUUAUAGCUCCUUGUAUACUGCAAUCUGAUAAUGGAAGAGAGUUUGUAAAUUCAAUUAUAGAGCAGUUACGUACGUAUUGGCCAGAAUUGAAGAUUGUUCAUGGGAAGACUCGUCACAGCCAGUGUCAGGGUUCGGUUGGGAGGGCCAAUCAAGACGUAGAAAAUAUGUUGGCUUCAUGGAUGAAGGAUAAUAAAACUACAAAGUGGUCCUAUGGUCUUCGUUUUGUUCAAUUCAUGAAAAACAGAGCUCUACAUUCAGGAAUUAAACAAUCACCAUACAAAGCUAUGUUUGGGAUUGAACCAAGAGUUGGGAUGACAACCUCAACUUUGCCAUCAGAUAUUAUAAAAACUAUCGAAGACGAGGAUGAACUUCAGAAAAUGUUCGAGGAUAUGAACGCAGAACAAGAAACUGAGCAAGCACGAUCAGGGGAGCAUAUUCUUGCUAAUAAGUCGACCAACAUUUCUCUAAUUAGAGAGGAAACCAAAGAAAAUUUAAUAAAGCAAGUCAAACGAAUGAAAAAGAUAUCCAAUGCAACUCAUCCUGAGAUUGAUACAGAAGGUAAUGUUGUUGUUCCCAUUCCAGAUGUUGGUAGAGCAAAAGCUGAUUUGCGAAAUCUCAUCGGUGUAGUGCUUGAAAAAAAUAAAGAUGGCCUGUACAAAAUUGGUACGAAAGACGGAGUUCUCAACAAACUGUAUUCGAGGUAA